CGGCAGGAGCGGAUGUGAUCGUUGACUAAUGUAUUUCACUGUUUCAUUGGUACACUCUCCUAUUCUUAAGUUUCAUGCGUAGUAGUUCAUACUUUCAUCUAUUUUGCAGGGCAAUCAAAUAUUUGUUCAAGUAUAUCAAUAAACCACAAGAUCGAGCAAAAGCAUCAUUAGUUCCUAGGGAAAAUGAAGUUGAAAUCCAAUCUGGUGCUUCAACUUCCAAUCCCACAACCCGUAUUGAUGAGAUAAAAGCAUAUCUUGAUUGCCGUUACAUCACAUCUGGUGAAGCAUGCUGGAGGUUGUUCAAGUUUGAUGUCUACUCACAAUACCCAUCGGUAUUGCGCAUGUCUUAUCAUCUUCCAGGUCAGAAUGUUGUUGUCUCAAAGCGGCGUUCAAACCCUCAAGGUGUGCUACGAUCUAAAGGUGCUCAAACCUCUAUGUUAUUGGGUUGGAUGAAAAUGAAUCGGCUCUCUGCAGAAGCAAGAAAGUAUACUUUCGUAGAAUUUCCUCAACAUUAUGUUUGGAAUAGAACAAAGAGGGAAUGGCAUAAGAGGAAAUCCAUGUUCAGUAUUGGUCGUUUAUACUACUGUCAUCCUUCCCCAACAAAUGACAGGUUCUACUUGCGUAUGCUACUGCACAUUGUUCGUGGUGCAGGAAGUUUUGAGGACAUCAGAACAGUGAAUGGAGUUUUGCAUAAAUCUUUUAAGGAGGCAUGUUAUGCGCAUGGUCUAUUGGCUGAAGAUAAUGAAUGGAAUGACUGUUUAGUUGAAGCAUCUGCUUGGGCGUCCGGUAAAAAGCUUAGAGCUUUAUUUGUCACUAUCAUCAGCAUGUGUCAAGUUUCUGACAUUGGCAAACUAUGGGAGCGGAAUUGGUCACUGUUAUCUGAUGACAUAUUGUAUGCCCGUCGAAAGGAACUUAAUAUGCCUACUUUAGAGAUGACUGACAUUCAGUUGAAGGAAUGUUGUUUGCUUGAGAUAGAUAAAUUGCUUGCAAGAAAUUGCAAAACUCUAUCAGAUUUUCCAGGAUUACCAGUUCCCAAUCUUGGGAAUGUGCAAUCUUCGUCAAAUAGAUUGAUCACAACAGAACUUAGCUAUAAUGCUACAAAUCUUGGUCAACAAUUUGAAGGUAUGGUUUCAAAGCUUAAUGCCCAACAAAGGAUAGCUUUUGAUGAAAUUACAGAUUCAGUUUAUGGAGAUAAGGGUAGGGCAUUCUUUAUUGAUGGAUGUGGUGGAACAGGAAAAACUUUUUUGUGGAAAGUAAUUUGCUUGAAACUGCGCUCGGAGAUGAAGAUUGUUUUGUGUGUAGCUUCUUCUGGGAUUGCAGCCCUUUUAAUGGAUGGGGGUAGAACAGCUCAUUCUCGAUUUCACAUUCCAGUAGACCUUGAUGGUAGAUCGACAUGUCAUAUUGACCAGGAAAGUGAAUUGGCAGAGCUCAUCCAACGUGCUUCAUUGAUUAUUUGGGAUGAAGUUGUCAUGUCACACAAGCAUGCUGUAGAAGCUGUUGACAGAUCAUUGCGGGAUAUCUUGCGGUUUCGGUAUCAAAACAGUCAGGGAAAGCCCUUUGGAGGUCUUACAGUUGUUUUUGGAGGAGAUUUUAGGCAAACUUUGCCUAUAGUAUUGAAAGGUUCACGAGCUGAUAUCGUGAACUCAUCUAUAAAGAGAUCUUACCUUUGGCACCAUCUGAGGGUGAUUAAAUUGGUUGAAAAUAUGAGGCUAGCACGAGCCAAUUGUUCCCCAGAAGAAGUUCUUGAAAUAGCUAAUUUUCAUACUUGGCUUUUACAGGUUGGAGAUGGAGCAGAUUCAGAUGUCUAUGGUGAGUCCUCUAUUCCGAUUCCUCCUGAAUUAAUAGUUCCCCGACAGUUCGAGCCUGUUAUCGAUAUUGUAUCUUCCAUAUAUGGUGAUCUUAGGAGUCAUGCACGGGAUCAUAAUUAUUUGGUCAAUCGAGCGAUUUUGGCUCCACAUCAUGAUAUGGUUUCUGCAGUGAAUGGAUAUAUUCUGGGUGAAUUUCCAGGUGAUGAAGUGUCAUAUUUCAGUUGUGAUUCUAUUGAGAUAGACCCUGGAAAGGAGGGCAUUGUGGAUGCUGAUUAUUCUACAGAGUUUUUGAACACACUAAUAGUUGGUAACUUCCCUGACCAUGAGCUAAAACUGAAAGUUGGGUGUCCAGUAAUUCUACUACGAAAUAUGGAUCAAACUAUCGGUCUUUGUAAUGGUACCAGAAUGGUUGUGAAGACUUUGGGUAAAUGGUUUAUUGAGGUGGAGAUCUUGACAGGUACCAAUGUAGGUGACCGUGUGUUCCUCCCCAGACUGACAUUGUCAACCCAUUACAAGAGCCUUAACUUCACUCUCAUCAGAAGACAAUAUCCAGUUUCUUUGUGUUUUGCCAUGACUAUUAACAAAAGCCAAGGCCAAACACUAGCUCAUGUUGGUUUAUGUUUGCAAAGACAAGUUUUCACUCAUGGUCAACUAUAUGUUGCAUUGUCAAGAAUUACCACAAGGCAGGGCUUGAAGAUUUUGAUUGGGAAUGAAAAUGGAGAGGAUGGCACCUCAAUGGUCAACAUAGUAUUCCCUGAAAUAUUUGAAUGAUUCAUUGCACCAUUAAUGUAGUUGCUACUGAUGCGUACACUUUGAGUACACUACCAACUGGAUAUUGUUGGAACAUUUUUUUUGCAGUUCAUUUUGUUCACCUGCUCAUCGGUAUUGGUUUUAUUUUCUUUUGUAGAUAUGGGUGUUCUACUUUUUUUGCUACUGUCAUGUGAAUAAGAUGGGCCCCUUUAGUGCACAUUGCAAUUUUCCUCCUUAUGCAGCAGGAGGCAAGUAUAUAUUGGUUCAUUAAUUGAAACAUUGGCUUUCUUUUAUCCUUUUAUCAUAGUUAAAUAUGUAAACUGGUGUUCACGUGGUAGUCAACUCCGAUCCCCAUUGAUUGAGGCAGGCGACGAAGCAUGUAGGGACACGUAGUAUAGAAUUUUGCUUCCCAAUUGAUCUGCCUUCUGCCCAGCGUUGGGCUUUAGGUAACAUUAGCAAUUUUAUGCCAAUUUAAUCUCAUAAAUUAACGGUUAUGCAAUUGGUGAAAUUUGUUUACAAGAGUACUAAUUUCAGCUCAUUAUAUAAUUAUUAUUUUGGGCAACAUGUCAAAAUAUCAAAGUUACUUCACUAACAAAAUGAGUAAUAUAAAAUAUAUAUGUACCCCUUUCUUCUUUCAUAGCGCCAUUUAUGCCCAAUGGAAGCUUCCCAAAGAAUAAGGAUCCCCACCUUUACUCCUUCAUCUACGAUCUUGAUUCCCAACUGGAUCGUGUCAUCUUUACCCAAGUGAUUCUUACCUCGAUCGAGAGCGUUUACUAUCUAACUCCUUCCUAUUUUGAUAUUCCCCUUUUCAAAUCCUAUUUUAUUCCCAAAGUUCAGCAGUACCCGGGACUAAGUAGCGGUGUUUAGGGAUGGCAAUGGGUCGGAUUGGGUUGGGUUUUGCCAAACCCAAACCCAUGGGUUUAUUCGUGAAAAAAACCCAGGGUAAAACCCACUGGGUUUGAAAAACUCAAACCCAACCCACUGGGUAUCCGCGGGUUCAUGGGUACCCACGGGUUUUCGUCGUAAAAAAUUACAAUAACAAGUUCCUAUCAAAAUUAAAACCAAAUAUCAAUCUCUCAAUAUAAAUUAUUCAUAUAUAAAACACCAUUCUAGAAAUACAAGCAAAUCACAAAUUAACUAUACAAAUUGUUCAACACCAAUAUUUAAAACUCAAGAAAAUUGAAGCAAAUCAUAAAUUAUCCAUAAAUAACAUAAUUAAUUGAAAACUUCUUCCUUUCAAUUAAGUUUCUUCACUGUCCACUCGAUAACAUCAACUUCGUUCUACACAAUUAGAAAGAAAAAUUAGACAUGUCUCUACAAACAUAAAUAAGAUUAGUUGUUUAGAAUAUUAAAUAUAUCGAGGAAAUUAAUUAUAUGGGUGUGGGCGGGUACCCAUGGGUCAGGUUUAACUAAACCCCAAACCCAACCCGACCCGAUGAAUAGUGAACGGGUUUAAACCCAAACCCGACCCAAAACCCGUCAACACGAAUUUUACCCGCGUUGACCGGGUUGGGUCGGGCGGGUACCCGUGGGUUCGGGUUUUGUUGCCAUCCCUAGCGGUGUUGUUCUUUUAAUGCAAAAAGAUAAGCAAUAAACCAUAUUUGAGAAG